AUGUCUAUCUUGAAACUCGUGAAGGGUGUCCUGUACGGAGAAGGGGAACACCAUGAGAAGCCCAAGAAAACACAUAUCGUCAUCAUCGGUGCAGGUCUCACAGGACUCCUGCUUGCGCAGGGGCUGCGAAAGCUGAACGCGAGACUGGAGGCAGAAGGCCAGUCCGCGCCCUUCACAUUCAGUAUUCAUGAGCGCGACGAAUCCUCGUUCUACCGCGGCGGUGGGUUCAGUCUGACCAUCCACUGGGCGCUGCAGCAACUCUACGACAUUUUGCCGGAGGAACUCUCCGCACGGAUUUUCGAGUGCGUGGGCAAUCCGGAUGCAAUCAAAAACGGUCAGAUGGGCUCAUUUACCUUUCUGAACCUCCGAACUGGAGAGCCCGCGCUCAAAACUACUAUUCCUCCCGGUUGGAAGGGAGCGCGCAUGUCGCGAGUCAGGUUCCUACAGCUGCUCAUGACCGACCUCGAUAUCCACUACUCGCACCGUCUGUCGCAGAUUACGUUUCCCACCGAUAAUACAGUUCGGGCUCACUUUGAAAAUGGUGAUCAGGAGACGGGAAAUCUCCUCAUCGGCGCAGAUGGAGCAAAUUCCGUCGUGCGCCGGUUUGUGUAUGGCGCGGAGAAUUCAAAAAACACCCAAUUACCCAUACGCAUGCUCAAUUGCCGCUCUGAAUAUCCUCUCGAAGAGCUGGAGGCUUGUUUGAGGGUCGAUCCGCAUCUCUUCCAUGCCGGGGAUCCCGUGCAAGAUGGCUAUUUUAUGUUCGCUUUUCUGGAUAUGCCGCCGGCGGGGUCGAAGAACGGCAAAGCGGGCGUGCAGCUAACCAUUAGCUGGCCCUAUGAGUCGGGCUACUUGGGCCAGGAAGCACCGUCCGAUCCGCCAACUGAGCUUCCUGAGCAACUAGCAUGGUUGAAGCACAUGGCCAAACAUUGGGCGAAUCCCGUGCAUGACCUGAUCUACGGUAUGCCGGAUGAUAGCAUUGUUCGAGUGAUCCGUGUGCAAGAGUGGAUGCCGAAUGAUGCGAAUCGGCGUCCGACAGACGGACGAAUCACCACGGUGGGAGAUGCUGCUCACCUAAUGACGUCUUUUCGUGGAGAGAAUGCUAAUCACGGCGUCGUUGAUGUGGCCAAGCUACUCGCUCUGUUAGCACCCAGUGGAAACAAACCAACUGAUUUGAGGGAGGUUCCCGUUCCUGUCUCGACGGACGAUGCUUGA